CCAAACACCGCCCACGAUGCCGAUCAAGAAGUCGACCAAGAAGUUCGAGAAGAACCACCUGAAGGAUGCCCUCAGCCGGAGAAAAGAUUUUGCAAAAACCAAGCAGAAGCAGCAGAUAAAGGCCAAGCGACAGGAACGAAAUGCGAAAGACAACGCACGCGCCGCCGACGUCGAGGAAGAGGAAGCUGUCAAGAAGGCCAAAAAGAAUAAGGAUGGAAGCAAGUUUGCGGAUAUGAGCGUGGACGACUUCUUCCAGGGCGGGUUUGAGGUCCCCGAAAUGCCCAAGAAGAAGGGCAAGAAGUCGGCAGCGAAGGCUAAUGGAGUUGCGCCAACGACCGGAAAGCGGAAGCGAACCGCUCCAGCAGAGGAUGCAGAAGUAUCAGAUGCGCAAGCAGGAGACUCUGGGUCUGAAUUGGGGUCGGAAGACGGCAUUGGAGCCCACAAGGACGAUCUGGAAGCUCUCAAGAGCAAGGAUCCCGAGUUCUACAAAUACCUCCAGGAGAACGACGCCGAGCUACUGGACUUCGAUGAGGAUGCAGACCUCGCCGAGAUCGACGCUUUGAGCGAGGAUGAGGACGAAACAACGCCCAGGAAAAAACAGAAGAAGGAUGCUGAGGGCAGCGACGAGGUUACAAAGGCUAUGGUGAAAAAAUGGGGGACUGCAAUGACGGAAAAGCACUCUCUGCGGGCGACCAAGGAAGUGGUAUUGGCUUUCCGAGCGGCAUCACAUUUGAACGAGGAAGACGGGAAGGAAUACAAAUACUCCAUCUCGAAUUCAGAUGUAUACCAUGAGCUACUACUUAUCGCUCUAAAGCACGUACCAGAGAUCAUCAAGCAUCAUCUGCCGACAAAAGAAACAGCGGCUGGCAAAGUCCGUGUUCCUACAGACUCCAAGAAAUACCGGACUCUGGCACCUCUUCUCAAGUCCCAUACGACAUCUGUCCAUCAUCUUCUGGAGAACCUUUCCGACACCGCGACUGUACGGUUGACGCUAGAUUCAUUACUCGAGAUAUUGCCGUACAUUCUAUCCUUAAAGAAGCUCAUCCGAGACAUCAUUAAGACAGUGGUGGCAGUUUGGUCAGACACAGGGAGUACCGAGGUCACCAGAGUUGCUGCCUUCUUGAUCUUACGGAGAAUGGUUGUCAUCGGCGACCCGGGAAUCAAAGAAGCAGUCCUAAAGACCACAUAUCAGGGGCUUGUGAAAGGCUCCCGAAACACAACCGUCCACACUAUCCAAGGAGUCAACCUGAUGAAGAACACUGCCGCCGAGCUUUGGGGACUCGACGCCAACAUCGGCUACACCACCGGUUUCAACUUCAUCCGCCAACUCGCGAUCCACCUGAGAUCAAGCAUCACCAACAAAGAAAAGGAGUCCUACAAAACAGUCUACAACUGGCAAUACGUCCACUCCCUCGACUUCUGGUCCCGCGUCGUCUCCGCCCACUGCGAGACCCUCCGCGAAGCCGAAAGCGGCAAAGAAUCGCCCCUCCGCCCCCUCAUCUACCCCAUCGUCCAAGUCACCACCGGCGCCAUGCGCCUCAUCCCCACCGCGCAAUACUUCCCCCUCCGCUUCCAGCUCAUGCGCUCCCUCCUUCGCAUCUCCAUGGCCACAGCAACCUACAUCCCGCUCGCCCCGGCCCUCUUCGAAGUCCUCAACUCCGCCGAGAUGAAGAAACCCCCCAAGCCCAGCACGCUCAAGUCGCUAGACUUCUCCACCAUCAUCCGCGCCCCCAAAGCCUACCUCCGCAGCCGUGCGUACCAAGACGGCGUCGGCGACCAAGUCGCCGAGCUCCUCUCCGAGUUCUUCGUGCUGUGGGCCAAGAGCAUCGCGUUCCCCGAGCUCGCGCUGCCCGUCAUGGUCGUGCUGAAGCGGUGGGUCAAGGACAUGUCGAAGAAGAAUCAGGGGAACAAGAACGGCCGCGUGAACGCGGCGAUCGGGCUGGUCGUGCAGAAGCUCGACGCGAAUUCGAAGUGGGUGGAGGAGCGACGGACGAAGGUAGAUUUUGCGCCGAGCAAUCGCGCGGGCGUGGAAGGGUUCUUGAAGGAGGUGGGGUGGGAGAAGAGCCCGUUGGGGGCGUUUGUGAUUGGGCAGCGGAAGCAGAGGGAGCAGAGGGCGAAGUUGGUGGAGGAGGGGCGGAAGGCGGAGGAGAGGGAGAGGAAGGAGGAUCGAGAGGAGAUGGAGGUGGAUCAGGGUGGCGAGUUUGAGGCAUCAGAGGAUGAAGAGGAGAUUGAUGAUGAUGAAGGAUCGGAAAUGUCUGAAUAGGCGACUGAGGCAGACGUGGCAUUGGGUCUCUUAUAGAGACGUGACGCAGCACUCAUGAAUGGCAAGACCUUGAUCUUAAAAAUAUGUGUGGGUAUCAGCGCACGUAACCUUACAGUCUAUGUACCAAGCCGUGCGACCGUUGCAAAUAUCACGACCGCCGGUCCAAAUCUCAAAGCUCC